CACCCCUUCCCAGUAUAUCGUAACAUCCAUGGGGAAGAGGUUGAACAAGUGAACAACCACCUGCUCCACCUCCAUUUGGAUGAACUGCUUCUCGAUAGGGAAAAUCUACUGCUUCGAGCCAUAUCCGAAUACGGUCUCGCUGCCAUAGCGCCUAUGAGCCUGGAAGAGUGACUGAGGACAGGAUGGCCAACUCAGCACUGGAGAUAGUGGGACUUUUACUCUCCCUGAUUGGUUUGAUCGGGGCAGCUGCAAGCACUGGGAUGCCGAUGUGGCGGGUGACAGCCUUCAUUGGGGAGAAUAUUAUAGUGUUCGAGACUCGCUACGAGGGCUUGUGGAUGAACUGCUUCCGACAAGCCGACAUACGGAUGCAGUGCAAGGUCUACGACUCCCUGCUGGCUCUCACCCCUGACCUGCAGGCUGCAAGAGGGUUAAUGUGCUGCUCUUUGGCUCUGGGUGGCAUCGGCCUGCUGAUCAGUUUGGUGGGGUUGCAGUGCACGUCGUGCAUCAGGAACAACGACCGGGCGAAGAGGCUGGUCCUCAUCAUCGCAGGGUGCAUGAUUCUACUGGCUUGCGUCUGCGUCCUUAUUCCUGUGUCCUGGACAGGCCACGUCAUCAUCAGGGACUUCUACAACCCUUUGCUGAUUGACGCCCAGCGCAGGGAGCUCGGAGAGGCUCUUUAUAUCGGAUGGGUUGCGGCUGCUUUCCUAUUUGCCGGAGGAUGCAUGUUUACCUGUUGCAACAUACAGUCUGAAGACGAAAGGUCAGAGAGGUACAUGUACUCCAAAAACUCCGACUACACGGCCUACACCCCACAGCCGCUGCAGCCAAUGCAGCCAAUGCAGCCUCUGCAGCCCCAGCAGCUGGUGUUCAUCCCUCGAUCAGAGCCCCGGCCGAUGCUGUCAAGACACCCGUCAACCGUCUACAGUUACCAAUCCGGAUACCCCUCUGUGCACAGUGGAGUUGCUUAUCUGUGAACACUUUCAUCAGCAAUACUCAGCAGUUGUCUUUAUAAUCAUUUCCCACCCCAGAAAGACUGGCCUGGCAGUGCAAUACAUUAUUUUCAAGCUAAAACAUUGAAUUGAAAACAUCUCACUGUAAGCAAAUGGCUUCAAUAGCACAGAUAAUUCAUGUUUUUUGUAUGUAUUUUUUUUUAAACUGCACUUAUUAUUUUGGCUAAAAAUGCAAAUAGUUUUGCAUAUUAACCUCAAUCUAUGCAGAAAGCUUUAUAGGAUUUUAGCCACUCAACAUUUUUACUAAUGAAAACCUAAACGUGUUUUGUCAGAACGGGGUACCAUUUUUUUUUUAUCUGUUCUUUGCAUACAGCUAUUAUGCAAUCUUCAACCAUUUAGUCAUUUCACAGAAGUGUAUGUGUGUUUACUGGUGAAAUGGACGUUAUUGCUUGCGUUCAACGUACAGUACGUCGUUUACGCAACAAAAACAUCUGAAAUAGUUUUUUGGUUUUUUUUGUAAGAGCUAGAACUCCACCAGUAUCAGAAAAUGCAUUUCCUUUUCCUCACAGUCUUGUACAAGUCCCAUCCAGUUUCAUAUACAAAGUCAAACAAUGUCAGGUGUGCCAUAAUGAUUUCGGACACUACACGUAAAAUGGAGACUGAUCGUAUGAAAAUGAAUCUGAUAGCUAUCCCUAACUAUUUCAGGCUAUUUAAUCCAAAGUUAGAGUUGCUGUUCUGUGGUGUCUAACCAGGAACUACCAAAAAGGAGGAAAUGGAGGAACAAACAUGUGAUUCUUAGGUAACACUGCUCACUAAGGGCGUGGAUGCGAAGGUAACUCAACCAAGCCAAGCAAACAGACAAAGGGAUCAUGUGAGCAGAAUCUGCAAGUCACUUUGAACUUAGACUAAAACAUCCUUGUUAGCUGUUGUGUUGAUCCUUGCUCCAUAUGUUCAGCAAAAUAAUCUUUUCAUGAAGGGUAUGAAGGAAGUAAACAUGUUUCUCGGCUUAAAGGUCACUGCGAUGGUGAAGAUUUUCUGUCAUCCAGGACAUGGCAAAAUCAGGAAAGGUUAUAAAAAAAAAAAAAACUGGACUUCAGUUCUUGUAGUUGAAGACAUUUCGCUCUUCAUCCGAAGAGCUUUUUCAUUUCAAAGCAACUGAGUCAGAAGUUCCAAGCUUUUAAGCUGUGAAAGGUCACUACAUUACAUUGUGAGAUAGCAAAAAUAACAGCAACUUCUAUCUACAACAUUAAAUACAAUGGAAUUUUGAUACUAUGUAUAUAUGACAGAUUUGCUACUUCAAACAAAUAUGAUUUAUUCAAAUGUAGACGUAGAUCACGGGUCCUAAUAAAUUACAAUGCUGUUUUGAUGUAAUUUGAAGCUCUUGUUUCAUCACCUCAAAGCUCUUCUCUGCUCCCCUGUGGACAAAACAGAAAGAGCUGUCGGAGCUGGUUAUUUCACUGUAUACUGAUCUUUCUUUGUUUUAUAUCACAUAUGACUACAGAAAAAAUAAAAACCUGAAUUUUUUU